UCAAUCUGUCCAAUCAGCAGCCUCCAUCGUUGCCGCAAGUAUGUUUUGCUUGUUUUUUAUUUGCAAAGGGACCGUAUAGCAAGUGACAUAAAGACAUAAACGUCUGAUAAAAGAACAAUUGUAUGUCGCUGAGAGUAAAAGUGUUUUGUAAUCUUUUAACGCAAGAGAAGUUGAAGCGCACUUGAAAGUAAGCACAAAUAUUUUAAUUUUUUGAGUCAUAGCCACACACGUGCCAAUUCCGCAUCCAAUCCAUUUCGCUACGCACACUUAAGAUGGCGGCUACGUGAAAACAGCUGAUCGGUCCUGUGGCCCGCACUUGGUGUAUAUUUGUCCGUAACGUGAUUAGUUGAAAUCUUGCCGUACGUGGUACUUUCGCCCGAGAAGAAUUCUGGAAGCUGUGAACAUCAUGAAGACUGCGAAAGCGUAGUGCUCGGAUACGGAAGAAUCGAUGAAGGUUGGAAGGCAUCUCAACAGAUAGCUGGUAAGUAAACGUUUUCUAUAAACGAUCGCAACUGUCUCCGAAUGUAGUCAUGAUUUAAAUCGAGGGUGGUCUGUAAGAGAGGCUCAUUUUUGUUUCUUUGCCACACACUGCUGCGCAGUGAUCCAUUCCCCCGUGCGGGCGGUACAGAUGCUUCUGCUGGAUAUUCGCACGAGAAAAGUUUUUUUGUUGUUGUUAUUCACUUGUGUUAAAUUUAACGUGGCAUUUAUGGCGUGAUAAAAUAACGACACAUUAAAUGAAUGUAACCGUUAUGUUUUAACGACGAAUUGAUAUCUGAAACGGUACGAUUUGUUGGUAUUAAUUCGCUGCGGUCCGGCGAAAAUUGAGCGCGAAAAAGAAAUGGCGGAGAGCAGCAACAGCGCGCGCGUUUCGGCCGCGCAGGCCGCUAUGCUAGUGGAGUUUAUGGAGCAGCAUCCGUACUUGGCGAGAGGCUCCACCAGCCUCUCGCCAAGUAUGAGUGCUGCCCAAAAAAGGGGACUAUGGGCAGAAAUUGCCGCUGCCUUGAACGCCGUCGGGCCGGCAGUUAAGAUAGCCCGGCGCUGGCGCCUGUAUUGGGCGCGCAUGGCGUACGAAUGUAAGAAACUCGCGGCGCAGGUUGGCGCCGAAAAGAGGAAGACGGGAGGUGGAAAGUUGGGCGGCCUAGAGGGUCGAGUGAUCGCCGUGCUCGCCCAUACCGGCCCAGCCUCCGCCCCUGCGGAUUUUUUUCACGGCAAUGCUGAGGAGGACGCAGCCUGUAGCAGUGAGGAGUCCGCUGAAGUGCCCCCUGCCCCACCAGCAGCUGCGCGCGUCUCGGUGGGCACGGAGCCGGGGACCAGUGGCACUGCACCUCGGCAGCAGCCCCGCAGGCCACCCCGACUUCAGGUCCUCACGGACGCCGCAUCGAGCACGGCCGCGGACUAUGCCCGGCAGAGCCGGUUAGCUGAGGCGGCAAACGCGGAGGCCGCAAGCUUCCACCAGCAGUUGCUGCAGCAACAUCGGCAGCUGGUGGAAGAGCAGCGAGCGACACGGCAAGUCCUCGAGCAGCUGGUGGCCGAGAUGCGUGGUUCGCGAGAGGCGAACACUCUCAUUGCGACCACGCUGCGCCAGCUGCUGGCUGCCCUGGCCGACCUGCGCGCGCCGCCUCAGCAUUAAGGGGCAGCUUUUUUUUUUUUUGCCAUAUCAUCCUUUAGUGCUUUGUUAGGUACAAGUGUCACCAAUCUAUGCAUGUUUUUUUUUUAUGCAGCACUAAAGGAUGAUAUGGCUGUUUUCCGUAAUUUCUGUCCCUAAUCAAAAAUUUUUUUUUCAAGGUAAUUUCUGUCAUGUUUAUUUUAAUAUCUAGUGCAAGUUUCGCGUUACUGUUCAUUACCGUGUUCUUUUAGUGUGUCGUUUAGUCAUUUUGUUUAAUUAUCUAUGUUUAUUUGAUUAUCUAUGUUCUAUCUAUCUAUCUAUGUGUAAUUAUCUGUCAUGUUUAUUUUAAUAUCUAGUGCAAGUUUCGCAUUUCUGUUCAUUACCGUGUUUUUUUUAGUGUGUCAUUUAGUCAUUUUGUGUAAUUAUCUAUGUCCAAGUGCGACGGCAUAAGGUAUAUUUACAAUUUCUGUCAUAUUUUUGCGUUUCUGUUUUUUACCGUAUUUUUUUCUCCAAGUUCAUUUCAUGUGUAUUAUUCUUUGUCCAAGUGAGACGGUAUAACUUAUAUGUACAUUUUUUGCCGUAUUUUCGUUAGGUGUUCUUCACUUUUGUUUUGCUGUUACUGAUAUGUUUCAAUGUGCGCCGCUCUUCCACGGAAGAUACACUGUGCAAUCACUUUUACGCCAACUAUGACAUUGUCUCGCACACAUACAGGUGCGCUUAAUAACUACAAUACUGUGAUAACUGGAAAUCAAUUUUCAUGCCAUAUGUAUGUCAUGUUUGCAAUGUAUAAUCAUUCGUGCCUACGCAAAGUAGCCGAAUUGGUAUUUUUGUUAACACCAAGUGUACACACCCGAGCAGCAGGAAACGAAAGAGCGCUUUAUUGCGAGAAGCAUGUGUGUUUAUACACAGGCAGGCCAGGCUUGCACAUGCGUAUCAAGAUAUUCUUGAUGAUGAAGCCACUGGUCACACCAAGCACCUGUUACCUGUGGUGGUCGCUGUGAUAUUUCAGGUGUCCUUACCUAUGAUAGCAAUACAAUCUAGUCCCCAUUGUAGUUGAGCACAGUUUGUGACGUAUGUAGCAGAGCCAUCGAUGUGGCCGCUAUUUUGACAUUCGCUGCCAGGCUGGUCUUGCAGCCGUUAUAUGAAAUACCGUUUUAGUGCCAAGCAUUUUCUCACUUGUCGUUCCUUAGAAGCAUGUCAUGGCUGCUUUAUAUUGUGAUCUUAUUACGGCACUAGUCAUUGAAAAGAAACUGUUUUGUGCUGCAAACAUGCCAACUACAUAAUAGAGAAGAGAUCUUUCUUGCUGUGAAGUUGCUGGAUGAAGAAAAAUGGUUGUCUGCGAGUUCAAAAAAAUGUCAUU